ACGAUGAUAUAAAGUACCAGAAUGACGCUCACACUUGAUAAUACAAUACAAGCAAUUUGAUUGAACUGGUUUCUAUUUUUAUCUCUGAUUGCAUUUGCUUCUUGUGAAUUAAACUGAAUCAUUGUUUCAAUUACUGAUUAUAUCCUGGUUUACCAAUCGCAGUUGAGAAUGUGUGCUGGUACAUUUUUAUUUAAUGACUCAUCAUGUUCAAUAUUUUUAUCAUUAUGGACUUAUUGUGACUGUAUAUGGAACUUAUAUGGAAGAAUAUAACCGAUAAUAAUACCAGAACGAAAAGCAUUGCAUUGUGCGGAAGAUAGAUAGAAUAAAUACUAUAAACACUUUUUGCUCACCACUCGAUCAGGGCAUGUAUAACAUCUCAUCCAAAUCACUUUUGAUAUUCCCAUGCCAAGAUUUGAUGAGAAUUAAUGGCAAGGGACGACAUCAAUAAAAAAAUCGAAAUGAUAAAACCAAGUAUUUUCAAAUUCGAAACUGAUAUAAUAUGGUUUAUUGCUCUCCAAGUCUUUUUAUUGCACGUUAUUGGUAUUUAUAGUUUAUUGACUUUCAACUACUGGCAAAAUUUGAUGACUACAAUAUGGAUAUUCGCUAUGUAUAUCAUAUCCAAUAUUGGAAUAUCUGGUGGCGCUCAUCGACUUUGGUCUCAUAAGACCUAUAAAGCAAAGCUACCGUUAAGAAUUCUACUUUUGAUAUGCUUUAGUGCAGGUGCACAGAAUACGAUAUCCAGUUGGGUGAAAAAUCAUCGUAUGCACCAUAAAUAUUGCGAUACUAAUGCUGAUCCUCACACUUCUCAACGCGGCUUCUUUUAUGGGCAUGUGGGAUGGGUGUUUAUGAAAGAACAUCCGGAAUUUAUUAAAAAGAGCAAGCAGCUCGAUUUAUCGGAUAUUUUGUCAGAUCCUGUUGUGGUUUUCGGCGAAAGGUACUUCUGGCUUCUUCAACUUUUUUUUUGUUUCAUCCUACCUACGGCAGUACCUGUAUAUCUAUGGAAUGAGACAUGGAACAGAGCUAUUGUAUCGCAAAUAUUCAUAAGAUACAUGGUGGCGUUAAACGCCGUGUGGUCUGUCAAUAGCAUUGCUCAUGUGUGGGGCACUAAGCCAUAUGAUAAGAACAUAAAACCGUCAGAUAACAAUUUUGUUAAUAUUCUGACAACAGGAGAAGGUUAUCAUAAUUUUCACCACGUGUUUCCAUGGGAUUACAGAUCGUCGGAAAAAGGAAAUAAUAGAUUUAAUUACACCACCGUUUUUAUCGAUAUUUGCGCAAAAUUAGGACAAGCCUAUGAUCUUAAAUAUCCGUCCGAGAAUCUCAUAAAAAGUGUUGUAUUAAACAAAGGAGACGGGACCCAUUCUAUAUUAUCCGAAGUACCGAUGCCGGAAUCCAACUAGUUGUAAGCUAAAAAAAAGUCAAACAAAGUACGUGCGUCGGACCUUGAUCAAAGAUGUAUCUAGGUUUAAAAAUAUUUCAGAAAUAUUUGAG